UCCUACUAUAUGAUAAACAGGAGAAAAAACAGCCAACACUUCUGCAACAAGUAGAGUGAAAGUUCCCGUGUGAUGUGGUCAUUUCAGGCUCCCCAAACUGUCCAACUACCACAUUUCCUCCCCAAACAAUUUCACCACCCAAUCCAAGCUUCCUCCCACCACCACCACAACUCCGUCACCUUCCGCCCCUCAACCGCCGCCGCCACCACCUCAUCCAACAAUCAAUUAAUCCAAUCUCUUUGUAAAAAAGGCAGGCUGAAACAAGCCAUCGAAGCCCUCUCUCACGAACCCAACCCAACCCAACGCACCUACGAGCUCCUAAUCCUCUCUUGCGCCCAACAGAACUCUCUCUCCGACGGCUUGACCGUUCACUCUCACCUUGUAAAUGGAGGGUUCGACCAGGACCCCUUUUUGGCCACUAAACUUGUCAACAUGUACGCUGAAUUGGACUCCAUUGAUCACGCACGCAAGGUGUUUGACAGAAUUUUUAACAGAACUGUGUACGUGUGGAAUGCGUUGUUUAGGGCUCUUACCUUGGCGGGUCGGAGCGAAGAGGUGUUCAGCCGCUACCGCGAGAUGAAUUGGAUUGGGAUUCCUUCGGAUAGGUUUACGUACACCUAUGUGUUGAAGGCAUGCGUUGCUUCAGAGACCUUGGGUUGGUUGUUGCUGAGAGGGAAGGAGAUUCACGCCCAUAUGUUGCGACACGGGUACGAGGCCCACGUCCACGGUACGACUACUUUGGUGGAUGUGUACGCGAGGUUUGGGCGUGUGUGGUAUGCGAGUUGCGUGUUCAAUGAGAUGCCGUUGAAAAAUGUGGUUUCGUGGAGCGCUAUGAUCGCGUGUUAUGCGAAGAACGGUAUGGCCUUUGAAGCAUUGGAGCUUUUUCGUGAGAUGAUGAUGCUUGAGACCCUAGGUUCAGUUCCGAAUUCUGUGACAAUGGUCAGUGUGCUCCAAGCUUGCGCAGCAGUAGCUGCUUUGGAGCAAGGUAAGUUGAUACAUGGGUACAUACUUAGAAAAAGGCUUGAUUCAAUUUUGCCAGUUAUGAAUACCCUUGUUACCAUGUAUGCAAGAUGUGGUAAUCUGGAAUGGGGCAAAAGCAUUUUUGAUCGGAUGGAUAAGAGAGAUGUUGUUUCUUGGAAUUCCUUGAUUUCAAGUUAUGGGAUUCAUGGAUUCGGAACAAAUGCAAUCAAGGCUUUUAAUGACAUGAUUGGCCAAGGAAUCCCUCCUAGUGCCAUAUCAUUCCUUAGUGUCCUUGGAGCUUGUAGCCACGCAGGGCUUGUUGAGGAGGGGAAACUUUUGUUUCAGUCUAUGGUUAAAGAACAUAGAAUUUAUCCCAGUGUGGAGCACUAUGCCUGUAUGGUUGAUAUUCUUGGCCGUGCCAAUCGAUUAGAUGAAGCAGCUAAGGUGAUAGAAGAUAUGCGAAUUGAGCCGGGAAAGGACGCUUGGGGUUCUCUCCUUGGAGCAUGCCGGGUACAUUGCAAUGUUGAACUAGCAGAGAGAGCAAGCAAAAGGCUUUUUGAGCUUGAACCCACAAAUGCAGGGAAUUAUGUACUUCUAGCUGAUAUUUACGCAGAAGCUAAGAUGUGGGAUGAGGUAAAAAGAGUGAAGAAGUUGCUUGAUGACCGGGGACUGCAGAAAGUCUCAGGUCGCAGUUGGAUUGAAAUUAAAAGGAAGAUAUAUUCAUUCACAUCGGUCGAGGAACUCAGUCCACAAAUUGAACAGGUCCACGCUUUGUUGCUAGAAAUAUCGAUGGAGAUGAAGGAGAAGGGUUAUGUGCCAGCGACUAAAGUUGUGCUCUAUGAUCUUGGUGAAGAAGAGAAGGAACAAAUCGUAUUGGGUCAUAGUGAAAAAUUAGCAGUUGCCUUCGGACUGAUUAACAGCAGUAAAGGGGAGACCAUUCGGAUCACCAAGAACUUGAGGCUGUGUGAAGACUGUCAUUCUGUCACGAAGUUCAUUUCCAAGUUCGUAAACAGAGAGAUUCUAGUCCGAGAUGUAAACCGGUUUCACCAUUUUAGAGACGGGAUUUGUUCGUGCGGAGAUUAUUGGUAAUCUUAUUCAAAAUUAAGUUGUGCUCUUUUUUUUUUCCCCGCUCCUCACCUGUGAUAAAGGUUCAUCGCUCUGGAAUUCCUUGUCGUGUGUAUAGUAUUCCCACAUGUACAGUUUCAGCUUCCAACACCGAACUAUAAGCAAUGGAUUGUCUACAUUGCUAUCACUUUGAAAAGAUGAAGUUAACAAGUAGAAGGACAGUUCAUGAUGCGCUUGUUAGUUCAAAUUUCAUUUUUGAUAUGCCUGUGUCAAAUAGAUAUCAAUCUCAAGUGGUCCCUAUUUCCUUUCAA